AUGUCCGUGGAAGAACCCCAACAGCAGGCCGCCGACGUCUCGCGCCUCGGCGAGUCCUUCGACCGCAUGGGCGUCAACGAUAAUAGCGAUGCCGCUCCUCGCUCCGACCAAGAGUACACCGAGGCCCAACUCACCCUGCGCGCCAUUGUCUCCUCCAAGGAGGCAGGCGUCAUCAUCGGCAAGGCCGGUCAAAACGUGGCUAACCUCCGCGACGAGACAGGCGUGCGUGCCGGCGUGAGCAAGGUCGUCCAAGGUGUCCACGACCGUGUCCUCACCGUCACCGGUCCCCUCGGCGGAAUAGCAAAGGCAUAUGGCUUGGUCGCCAAGGGCCUGCUGGAAGGCGCUCCCCAGAUGGGCAUGGGUGGCUUGAUCCGCAAUGACGGCACCCACCCCAUCCGUCUUCUCAUUUCGCACAACCAGAUGGGCACUAUCAUUGGCCGCCAAGGUCUCAAGAUCAAGCAGAUCCAGGAUGCCUCUGGAGUCCGUAUGGUAGCCCAGAAGGAGAUGCUCCCCCAAUCCACCGAGCGCAUCGUCGAGAUCCAAGGCUCUCCUCAGGGCAUCGAAAAGGCCGUGUGGGAGAUUGGCAAGUGCCUGAUUGACGACUCUGAGCGCGGCUAUGGCACCGUGCUCUACAACCCCGCUGUCCGUGUCCAAGGCAUGGGUGCUGGUCCUCUGGCGAACGGCGGCCCCGGCAUGGGACGUUCUUACAACCGUACGGGUCACGGUGCGGAUUUCAGCGAUGCGCCUCCAUCCUACAACAGACGCGCCGGCUCCGAUGCCGCCAAUCGGCCGCCCCCUCCCACCCACACCGAGGACGGCCAGGAGAUGCAGACCCAAAAUAUCAGCAUCCCUGCGGACAUGGUCGGCUGCAUCAUCGGCCGUGGAGGUAGCAAGAUCAGCGAGAUCCGCAAGAGCUCUGGAGCCCGCAUCUCCAUCGCCAAGGCCCCCCACGACGAUUCUGGCGAGCGCAUGUUCACCAUCACCGGCAGUGCCGAGGCCAACGAAAAGGCCUUGUAUUUGUUGUAUGAAAACUUGGAGGCCGAGAAAGACCGCCGCAGCAGCCAGGCUCAGGAGUAG